AUGCAGGUGUUGAUACGGAAUAACAAAGCUGUUGGCGUUGAAUUUGUAAAAGAUGGAAAGAAAAGACUAGUACUUGCAAAACAUGAAGUUAUUCUUUCAGCAGGAGUUUUUGGCUCUGCUCAGAUUUUAAUGCUCUCGGGAGUUGGUCCUCGAGGACAUCUUCAACAACUGAAGAUACCAGUAAAAGUGGAUCUGCCUGUUGGACAAAGUUUGUAUGAUCACUUAAACUUCAUUGUUCAAUAUAAUACUACUGCACCAUUGACUAUUAAUAAUGAAAAAGCGGCUGAACCAGAUAAGAUUUUGGACUAUAUUUUCAACAGAGAAGGAAUUUAUUCGAAGAACGGAGCUGAAGGAUCAAUUCUAACAAAUGUCAACCCACUCGAUCCCAGAGGUCCACAAAUCGAGCUUCAGUUGUCGAACAUUGCUUACGAAGAAGGUUUAGUUUUAGACCCGAACGUUGCAUUUAAAAAUGAGAUUGUAAAAGAACAUUUAGAACGUGUUGAUCCAAACAGUUUUGUUGUCGUUAUGUUCCUAUUACAACCACGAAGUAAAGGCUAUUUGAGGUUAGCAAGCAAAUCACCGUUCUCUUAUCCAAUAAUAGAUCCACGAUACCUCUCUCAUCCAAAGGACAUUGAAGACUUUGUUAGAGCCAUUCGAUUUAUGCGUUCGUUAGAACAGACUGUAGCCUGGAAAUCUAUCGGUGCCACUUUAGUUAGACAAGAUGUACCGGGACAUUGUAGUGAAGAAAUAUAUGAUUCUGAUCAUUACUGGAGGUGUAUUGGACGACAUUUUCUACGAAGUGCAUAUCAUUUUGUAGGCACAUGUAGAAUGGGAUCCGUUAAUGACCCUUCGGUUGUAGUCGAUUCAAGAUUAAGGGUUAUUGGUGUUGAUAAACUAAGAGUUGCCGAUGCAUCCGUUAUGAGAUAUGUCCCUUCGGGCCACACAAACGCACCAGCUAUGAUGAUUGGAGAGAAAGCUGCAAACAUGAUCAAACACAAUAAAACUCUUAGAUAUAAUAUAUAA